AGGGGGGGUGCCCCGAAAGAGAUCCGCGAUAAAGGGGCGGCCAAGGCCGCCGGUUCCACACCCUCCCCCUCCUCCCCCCUCCUCCCCCCUCCUCCUCCUCCCGGAAAGGCGGCCGGCCCCGCGCUCCCCGCCUCAGCGGGAGGUGCUGGCGGCACGCCGCCCACCGCCGCCCGAACAAAAGGGGCGGCUGCAUGGUGGCGGCGGAGCUCCGCCGCCCUGCUCCGCGCCGCUCCGCGCCCCUCCGCGCCCCUCCGCGCCCCCGCUCCGCGCCACCAUGUCGGGCAGCGGCGGCGGCACCAACAGCGCCGUGAAGAAGAGGAGCCCGGCGGGCUCGGCCUCCUCCUUGGCGCAGGAGGAGAAGCAAGCGAUGGAGAAGAUGCUGGAGGCGGCGGGCGGCGGGGCGCAGGAGAACGGCUGCGCCCGCUCGCCCUCGCCCUGCGCCUCCGCUGAGGGGGAAGGGGUGACCCUGCAACGCUCCAUCACGUUGCUCAACGGCGUGGCCAUCAUCGUGGGCACCAUCAUCGGUUCCGGCAUCUUCAUCACCCCCACCGGCGUGCUGCGGGAGGCCGGCUCGCCGGGGCUCUCGCUGGUGGUGUGGGCCGUCUGCGGGGCCUUCUCCAUCGUGGGUGCCCUCUGCUACGCUGAGCUGGGCACCACCAUCACCAAAUCCGGCGGGGACUACGCCUACAUGCUGGAGGUGUACGGCUCCCUGCCCGCCUUCCUCAAGCUCUGGAUAGAGCUGCUCAUCAUCCGGCCGUCCUCGCAGUACGUCGUGGCUCUGGUCUUCGCCACCAACCUGCUCAAGCCCAUCUUCCCCACCUGCCAGGUGCCCAACGUGGCUGCCAAGCUGGUGGCCUGUCUCUGCGUCCUGCUCCUCACAGCAGUGAACUGUUACAGCGUGAAAGCUGCUACUCGUGUCCAGGAUGCCUUUGCUGCGGCAAAACUGCUGGCGCUGGCUCUGAUCAUCGUUCUUGGCUUCGUGCAGCUUGCAAAGGGUGAUGUGACAAACCUGACUCCUGAGCACGCCUUCAAAGGCAGUGAAUUCGGCGUGGGGAACAUUGUGUUAGCUUUGUACAGUGGUCUCUUUGCCUACGGAGGAUGGAAUUACUUGAAUUUUGUUACAGAAGAGAUGAUAAAUCCCUACAGAAACCUGCCUCUGGCUAUCAUCAUCUCACUACCUGUAGUCACUCUGGUUUAUGUGCUGACAAACUUGGCUUACUUCACGACCCUGUCGACGGAACAGAUGCUGAAGUCCGACGCCGUGGCCGUGGAUUUUGGGAACUAUCACCUUGGCGUCAUGUCCUGGAUGAUACCCGUCUUUGUUGGCUUAUCGUGCUUCGGAUCAGUUAACGGAUCUCUCUUCACUUCUUCCCGGCUGUUCUUUGUGGGAUCCCGAGAAGGACACUUGCCUUCAAUCCUGUCCAUGAUUCACCCCAGGCUUCUCACUCCCCUGCCGUCCCUCAUCUUUACGUGCAUCAUGACCCUGCUCUAUGCCUUCUCCGACAACAUUUUCUCAGUCAUCAACUUCUUCAGCUUCUUCAACUGGCUGUGCGUGGCUCUGGCCAUCAUCGGCAUGAUGUGGCUGCGUUACAAGAAGCCGGAGCUGGAAAGGCCCAUCAGGGUGAACAUCUGCCUGCCCAUUUUCUUCAUCCUGGCCUGCUUGUUCCUCAUUGCUGUUUCCUUCUGGACGACACCGAAGGAAUGUGCCAUCGGCUUUGCCAUCAUCUUCAGUGGGAUCCCUAUUUACUUCUUCGGGGUCUGGUGGCAAAACAAGCCCAAGUGGAUUCUCCAAGGCAUCUUCUCCGCAACAGUCGUCUGCCAGAAACUGAUGGAAGUGGUUCCGCAAGAAUCAUAAGGAGGAAAAGCAGAGACAUUCAGCUCGAGGAAACGCACAAUACUAUUUUAAGACGACACAAGGAGAAAACGGUUCUGAUCCCUCGUAAACGAAACCUAGGCACUGGAGCGCCCUGUUGGAGCUUUUUCGUGUCUGACACCAUAACCCCAGCUCUGCCUUGCCUCCUCCAGCCCCUCCGUCACCAAUCCUUAGCCUGGCAGAUGAGCAGCAUUGCGAUGGGAAGAUCUUGGUACGAACAUGGGCCAGGAGGAGGAAUUCCUCUCAGCCGCUUCAAAGGGGUCCUGCCUGCCCGCAGCAGCGAGACCAAUCGGCCUGCGUGUGUGUGUGUGACACUGAGGGCUGCACCUCAGUUCUGUGUAUGUUUACUUGGUUUGGGUCUGGGACCCCCCAGACGACGGUGGAUCUGCUCACAAGCCCGGUUUGAGUGUUGCCAGCUGUACAAGUGUGCCUGUGUCUGGGGCUGCGACUGUCGCAGAGCCGCGGGGUGGUUCUGAGCCUGGCCUACCUGGUCUAGGGCGGGUGGCUGGGAAGCAGCAGUUGGCUGAUGUUGGCUCACACGCUCACACACACACAAACUCACACCAAAAUACGUGCUGCUGGACGCUUUGGACUCUGUGCCCCGGCAGUGACUUAGGUGAGACAAGGCAGAGCAGAUUUAGUGUCAGAGAAAUGAUGUGGGGAUGCCUCAUCUGACUUCGAUUGCGUUCCUGACAAGAGCACUUGGGGUCCCCAGCCACUGCCUGGCUUUUAACUCUCAGAUCCAAGCCAUCUCCCUGCUAUUGAGCCAGUCCUCCGGGAUGCUCUCCAUCAGAAUGCCCGUCCCGUCGCCCUGGGGUCGGUGCAGGCCUGAGGAUGCGGUUCCUCCUGAUAACCCCAGGGAACUGCAGUUAGCAGAAGGCCAAGUCCUUGUCUUGCUCACUCCAUGUUUUUCUGUAGAUAGGCCAUCAUCCAGCAUGGGAUGAGCAACAUCACGCUCUCCAGUCGGCCCCGUUCAUUGCCUUUGGUGUGAUUCAUGUUUGCCCCUCUGAACCAUUUGCAAAGAGAAAAUAAGGGUGGGAUUCCCUUGGCUCAUUCCCUGGGGUCUGUCUGUGCAUUGCCCGUCACGGUGCCCUUCGUUAAGCUGUGUCUCUUCUAGGAUGUGCAGCAGAGGUGGGACCAACUCUGGGGGCGUAGAAAGGGGCAGAUGUCGCCGUCUGGCUGGAGCCUGGCUUUAAUCUCAGUCUGCUGUAGAUGGUCUGUUUGGCUCCAAGAAGCAGGGACUGGGGGGCCUGUUCCUCCUUCGUGCAAAACUGCAGCAUCAGCUUUGGCUUGGUGAGGUGCCCCCACCAACAUCCCCCCGAUCAGGGAGUGGUCUUUGAGCAUAAACCACGAUCCGCAUGUGAAAUCUUGUUUUGCUGUUGUGGGUGGUGCAGUCCCAACCCCUGAGCCCACCCAGAAUUCCUCUAGUUCUCAAGUAAUCCAAACUGUCCUCUGAGGAACAUGUUGCUUUAUUUGGUCAAAAGCUUCACCUUUUCAGCAAGACUGCAGUUCUCGAACAGCUCGCUCGUAAUGCCUCUGCGCUCAAGGUGGUAGUUGGAAAUCUAAAGCAUCUUCGUCCCACAAGUGAGCUGCUUCAGUCUCUGUUACAGGUCUUUGUGCUUGUGCUUUGUGCAAAUGGGUUGUUGAACUACUUAUUCUCUUCAAUAUUAUUGUAAACUAAGCUGUUUGGAAGCCGGGAUCCUCCGAGAGCUAAUGCUUUCUACGGGAUUCUCCUCUUAGCGUAGAGUUAUUUUGGAUGAGGAGGCAUUAAGGACACCAAUGGUACUAGCUCGUGCUUUGCCCUUUUAAGAAGUUCUUUAGCAAAAAGGCAGCGUGCGUUACAGCAGGUGGCAGCUUCUGUUCAAGCCGUGGCUAUGUCAGCGAGCGUCUACGUGCAGCUCUUUGCUGUUCUUUGCCAACCACGCGUCUUCGCUCAGAGGCAGUGCAGGAGGAAUAGGCGCGACAAUCGUCACGCUGAACCUUUGCUGUCAGGUUGCUUAUUCCAGUGCAGCACAGCGUAGAGAUACCCCAGCCAGCUCAGGUGCCGCUUGACACGUGUUGAGCUCUCCUAGAGCGAAGUGAAUCUGUGGAGGCUUGCAGCUGGGUUGGGUGCAGAAGAACCCAAAGUUAUGGCCAGUGCCUGGCUGUUCGGGGACCUACGUGCAAUGAAUUGGAGCAUCCCGGACUCCAGUGCCUGCGGAGAGGCAUUUGCGUAAAUAAGGUUGUGAACCAUAAAUCCUGAACUCAACUUUUGGAAUCCUCUUCCAGCUGAAGGCUGAGAUGUUUUGGCAAGGUAGUGAUGGGAAAUCGCUGCUUGUGCUGGACCUGCUUCAUCGAGAGAGGACCUCAGUCUGUCACCUUCCACUUGGUCGGCAGUUUUUUGGCUGUAAUGGUUUCGGGGUCGGUUUCCCGCAGGGCCUGGGUUCAACGUAGGGGCUCUCAGUGCUAAUAUAUACCAGCAGAAUUACCUGUGAUGCGAAGGAAAGGGGUUUUAACACUCGGCCACCUCAGUCCAAUGUAAAUUAGCACGCAAGUCCAAGCCACAGAGAGCUCAGAAAUAGGUCUGAAUCUCCCAAAGGCGUGGGGCUUGCUUGGUUUGGGCACAUCUUUAAAUGACUCUCAUGAGUGACAAAGACCCGUCACGACACAAUAUCCUCUUGGUGAACCUUUCACGCUGCUUUUAAAGAGGAGAUGUCACAGUGAGACAUAUUUUUUAUUAAUUAACUGACGUUAAUUAAAUCCUUAACUCGCUUGCUUGCUCUUGAUGAAUUUUCAUGAUUCUUCUCUUGCUGCUAAAGAUCUUUCUUUUGUACUAACCUGCUGGCUCUGGCAUUGAUACCAUAUGUUUCGUGGUGAUCUCGCCGGCGUCUCCAUGGCAAUAGAUGUAUAGGAAGAAACCGAACCAGGUACCAGCACAGAGUGACAAAAAUGUUGAAUUUGGUCGGCCACAGCUCACAUCUCAAAGUCUACCUUUCAAAAACCUGAUCUCUUUCAUCCAUGAUUCAUUGACCCCGAUAGUUCCCCUCCAGCAGAGCUUGGUGACGUGGCUGUAAGAGGUUGGGUUAUUUUUUCUGGAGGUUAGGGAGAUAACGAGCGAGGGGGUAAAACGGAAUUUCAUUUUAUAAAGAAAAUACAGCUAAAGUAAUUUUCACUCCAAGGGGUGAGAUCGCUGUUAGCAGCUACCCAGCUUGUAACUCGGAUCAGCAACCAGGAGGGUCUGCUGCCCUUGGGGGCUCGCCACGUUCAGCUGGAUUUUGGUGUGAAAAAGAGAGAAUACAUCCCCGUGAAGGACCCCCUUGCUGCUCGUUUUCCUCAAACGUGGAAUGAGAGGUGUCACGGAGCGCGAGGGGAAGAGCAGAGACUUGACAGAAAAUUUCUUAUCAUUCCCAGUGCUGGAUGUGAGAUUUUUCUGUUGUUUCUCUGUUUGCUUGUGCUCUUUCAAGCCCGUGAUCAGUCGCGCCUGUUGGAGUCCACCAAGGGAGGUGAACCCUUCCCGCAAAGGACACAUACGGCCACAGUGACCGUGAGUUUGCUUUCCUAAACAGUAGCUACAGUUAAACGAGGUACCGCGUGAAUCUUUUUCAUGUGACAGUAUUCUGCAAGUCCAGCUGGAGCAGCCAUGUCAGGGGAGUCGCAGAGUAAUAGAAUCAUUUAGGUUGGAAAAGAUGGUUAAGACCAUCGAGUCCAACCGUGGAGCCGUGGCUGCGUAUUUCUGCAAGGGAUGGCUGUGCUGCAGUAGUCCCUUGGUCCUUGACUAAAUCCCCCUUCGAUUAUUGCUCUUCUUGGCUCGUUUUUAAGUAUUUAGGCUGCCAGGCAGUCUGUUGUUAGGGGUGUUCACGGAACAGCAUCCCAUAGGGAUUGCUAAACAGCGGGGCAGGGCUGGGCAGCAGCCGGUGGCCAGGCGCUUCCUUACGCAUUGGGUUCCUCUUUCUAAAUGAGAAACCUUCCCAACUGGGAGGGGAACCAGCCCUGCAAAAUGCUCCUGGCCUAAAAUGGGGGGGUUUUAAGUCAUCCUAGGUGGAUCUUUUUUUUUUUUUUUAUUUUUUUUAAUCUUCCUGCAGUAUUUGUGGUGUUUCCCAUCUCAGAUACCACGUUCUGGAAAACAUCCUUUUGUUUUUAAUGGCCCCCUCUGUGGAUACUAAGUUCAAAGGGACUCUGUCACUGUUGAACAAACUUUAAAGACCCCUCGACUGGAUUGAAACUCGUAAGAAGCGGCUUUGUGGUUCUCCGAGCCCUCUCCCCGGGGGUGGCUCAGGCCGGGGAAUAAAUCGGGCCCCUCCACAGGCUCCUCCGCGGUGGGUCGGCCCCGAGAGCAGAGCCCUCGAGGGGCAGCGGCGUUGCAGCAGAGCGCUUCCCCGCGGCCGCGGCUUCCCGACCACGGAGCAGUGUUUGCGGUGGCAGAGUCUCGCUCCAGCCAUAGGGAAUCACGGGGGAGGUUUCCUCUCAGCCUGGGAAGGUACCCAUGCCAUUAGCUGAGGCAACAGUGUUCCUGAGCUUUAAUAGAUAAAUAAAAUAAAUAAAAAAGCAGGAAACGGCCAAAUGUUGUUGUUACACAACGCUCUGGCUGUUUGGGGCUAUUCUUGUGGGACGCCAGCUUUUCCAUCAACGGGUUGCGCAACUCCGUUUCUAAUGAGAUCAAAGGGGAAGGCGAUGUUGGCCGCUGAGAAAGGGCUGGAACAAAGCUUCCUACUGGAGCUUGGGAAAGGGCAGCCCAGGGGCGAGACGGCUCCGGGUCCCCCGCGGGCUCGUGCCGAGGUCUGCCGGUCAGCGCCGUGACCUCGGCAGAGCCCCACGGGCUGAAUCGCAGCCUUGUGCCGGCCCUGGGAGCCCGACGAGCGUCUCUGGCCGCGGGACGGGCCGGCGUGGCUGGAGCCGGCGGCGCUUGGCUGCCGACCAGCGAGCGCGGCAGCCGGCUCCCUGCGGCGAUGGGCAUCUGCUCCCGCGCCUCUGCCAGGGACCCCUGCCCGUGCCAGGGUAUCCCGCGAGACCUCGGCGCUGGGGGAUGCUCGAGGGGCUCUUCGUUUCUGGUGGCUUUGUGAGGAGUUACAGCUGGCCAGCCUUACACCGCUUUCGCCCACACUUGAGAAUUUCUUCCCAGUUUACACGGCCCGAACUGGAACUAGCAGCGGGGGCGGGGGGGUGCACGUAUGUGGGGUGCUGCUGCGGGUCGAAGCCGAGUGCCGUUCAGCUGCGCGUAGGAAACGCGGCUUGGGUCAGGAGCCGAUGCCCGGAGGAUUAUUUCUUUGCUUUUAGCCCCCUGUUCCUUGCGUGAGAAGGGGUUGCUUCCUCCAGCUGUUGUAGUGUUAAUGAGGAAAAAAAAAGCCACCAAACGUAUUUUUUUAAAUAUCUAAUUAAUUUUUAAAUGGCCUACAAGAGACUGUGUAUCUACACCUAAACUAUUCCCGUUGGGUGACGUUCACCUCGGCGCAGGGGCUCUGCAGGGGCUCGGGUGCCCUCCCGCGGCCCCGCCAGCGGGACGCGGGGCUGCGGGGUCUGGCUGCGCCUCCUGCGCUGGGGUGAAUUUCACACGUAGGGAAGGGGGAAAAAAAAAAGCCCUGAUUUGUUCAGAGGCCGGGGUGAGGUCCGUGUCCCACCUAAAUCCUGGCAAAGGAGGAAUUUUAAGUGGUACCCGGACCCUGCGCUGGCCCGCAGAAUAAAAGGAGGGUGAAAUUCACUUCUAGUGAAUAAUCUGACUUUUCAGAGAUACCUUUCUUCUAAAGUUCAUAUUUUUGUUGUUUGUUUCUUUUUUUAAAAAAAGAAUAAAAGGAUCUUAACCUACAGAAGAAAAAUCUAGAUCUGAUUUACAAUUUUAUUUGGUUGCUUUAAAAAUAUUUUACUAAUUUAAAUGUUGCUGUAGAUGACAUUCUAUUUAUUUUAAGGGGUAAAUAUCUUUUAGUCUUAAUACUUCUACAGUAAGCGCUGUCUAUUUACAAUGUUUGUGUUCCUGUUGACACAGCUAUUCCGCGACUGACCGAGUGCUGGUCAGCCCGUAGUAACUUAAUCAAAUUGCCUUGUAAAACAAGACGUCUCUUGCAAUGUAUUUUUUCAAGUAUUUCUUGAUUCUUUUAUGUCUGUGGUUAACAAAUCUGUUAAAUGUUUGGGUUGUUCUAUGUUUUGGGUUGUUGUUUCAUUUUCGUUUUUUUUUUUUUAACAAAGAAAGCUGAAUUACAACUCUUGUUGCUGGUC